CGCACCGUCGACGCUCAAGCAAAAAGUUCAAAAUCUACCCAAAAAAAAAAAAAAAAACGAGAACAAGUAAAGCAUUAUGGUCAUCAUCCGAACUGGGGUCGGCUAUGGAUACGGAGUGCCAAUGUUGCUGCUGCUGGCGAUGAUCUGCCUGGGAGUUGAUGCCGAUUUGGCGUAUCGAGCCAAUGCCAUUCAUCCAGAUUAUCCUGGUCAGUGUUACUUUGAGGAGCUGAAGCAAGCAAUACCCAAGCAUCAGUCAUACAAACCCAUCAAUCGCGAAGGUUUCUGCAAUUCCAUCCAUUGUCGUCCCGACUAUGUGCUCGAGAUUGAAUACUGUGGUCGCCACAAUCUUGUGCCGAGCAAGAACUGCAAGAUUUAUUCGGAUAUGCGUCGCACGUUUCCCAAUUGCUGUCCACAACUUUUGUGCAAGGACACGGAUACCAAUAUCAUCUAGCCUUCUUCUAUUGUAAUAUUAUUCCAUUGUUAUGCUUUAGCCACCUUAAUAAACAAUUGUGGUAACAGCUGUUGGUUUAAGCUGCAGCUGUUAUUUUAUCAUAAAAGUCAUA